GAUGGGAAAAGUCUUACUAAAGUGGAUUAUUAAAAAUCUAAACAUUAUACUUCCAUCAAUUUAUACAAUGUAUUUUGGCGGAUUAAUUGUGCUGUUCGCUGAAGUUGAACUAAUGACUGCAUCUGUCUUCUUUUCGCACAUAUUUACACUGUAUCUUCUAGUGUUCAAAAUAGACGAUUUUCGUAACAAAUAUAAGGCGUAUAUCGGUUUAUUUCUACUAUGCGAAUCAACUCUCAGUAUAAACAUGUUGAUUAUAGUAAAGAAUUUGCCAAUUUUCGAAGAGGAUCUUCUCUCUUUCAUAGCUAACAGUCUCUUAAUAUUUUCACUCGUUUCGUACAUGGGAAUGAACAUUUUCAAUCAUUUGCUAUUGAUUUACUGGGAAAUUUAUGAGAUUGAAGAAAAAUCUCUAUGGACAACAGCUGUGAUGAGAGCAGCGAUGCGCGUAUUAUUUCCCAUAACAAUAUCCGCAGUGAACAUAUUUAGUAUAUCCAUUCCAGUCAGAUUUUUUAACAUGGUCCCAGUACUCUUCCUUCUUCCAAUUAAUGUAAUCCUUGAUCGUUUUUUAAGUAUGGGGAAGGAAACAUUGAUAAAAAGCAAAAUCAUCUCCGUUGUCCAAAAGCAUUGGCCAAAUCCCUUUCGAAUCACUGUAUUCUGCUCAAUCUUAGCGUCGGUACUAAUAUGGUGUCGAAGAGGAUCUCCUGGGAAUGAUAAGUUUUGUUUCGACUCCAAAAUAUUUAUUAGUCUGGGAAUCUUCUUUGUGGUGUCUAUUGCUCAAGAUUACUUCCUAAAAUUUCACAUGGAUUAUUCGGACGAUUUUCCAAUGUUCAUUAAAAAUUAUAUUGAGGAAAGCGACGAUGAAGAUGAAGAAGAAAUCGAUGAUGAAGUAAAUAACAUUGAUUCAGACGAUGAAGAUCUGGAAUUCCCUUCAAUCCUAGUUUUGGACUAUGCUGAACCAAUUAAAACUCGAUAA